AUGCCGCCGAAGUUCGAUCCCAAUCAGGAGAUCAUCGUGGUGGUGCGGGCCGUCGGUGGUGAAGUGGCUGCGACGGCCUCCCUAGCCCCGAAGGUCGGUCCCCUCGGUCUCAACGCCAAGAAGAUCGGUGAGGAUAUCGCCAAGUGCACCAAGGACUGGAAGGGUCUGAAGGUCACUUGCGAGCUGCGCGUCAAGAACCGUGUGGCGACGGUAGUGGUGACGCCGUCCGUGGCGUCUCGCCUCAUUCGCGCGCUGAAGGAGCCGCCGCGCGACCGCAAGAAGGUCAAGAACAUCAAGCACAGUGGCAACAUCCCGUUCUCGGAGAUCGUCAAGAUCGCCAAGGAGUCACAGGCUAAGUCUAUGGGUAGCGACCUCAAGGCCGUCGUGAUGGAGGUGCUCGGCACGGCCGUGUCCAUCGGGUGCACCGUUGACGGCGAGAGCCCGCGCGACAUCCAGACCAAAGUCCAGGAGGGCAAGCUGAAGGUUCCCAACUAG